UCCUGGAACUAUCAUCCAGAUAAUCAUACUAGAUUGGUUGUUUAGUUCACAUGCUUGCGUUUAAAGCUUUUAGAUAAAUUAUAAAACCUUUGUUAAUGAACAGAUGUUGCAUGCUUUUUCAUGGAAUUAUGUUGCUCUAAAUCAAUUGAUUUUGAUUCCAAUUGAUAAUGACAAUUCUCAUUUUUGUUAUUUCAUUAGUGUCAAAUAUUUGAGGCUGGAUGGAUCAAAUGAGCCAGAAACGCAUUUUAAAAUCGUCCAAGAUUUCAAUUCAGACCCUAACAUUAAUGUCUUGCUGCUUACAACACAUGUCGGGGGACUUGGUCUGAACCUGACAUCUGCAGACACCCUUGUUUUUGUGGAGCAUGACCGGAAUCCUAUGCGUGAUCAUCAGGCUAUGGAUAAAGCACACAGGCUUGGCCAGGAAAAAGAAGUUAAUGUACACCGUCUAAUAAUGCGUGAGACUUUGGAAGAGCAGGUUAUGAGCAAAGAAAGAUUUGAGGUGUCAGUGACUAAUGCUGCCAAUAACCUAAGGCUUCUGUGUUCAGUUGACCACUCUGAUGGAGUCACUGAAUUAGUAGGAAGUGGGGGAUUGGUGGAUCUAUGGGACCAAUCACAUUAUGCAGAUGAAUCCAAUGUGGAUCAAUUCUUGGCAAAGCUUAAUGCUCUACACAUUUCACUCAAGAGAAAAACUCCAAAUUUUGACACUGUAUUUGGGGUGUUUGUCACCGUAGAGUGGUCCACCCAUAUUUUUGCAGCGAAAAUCAGUGUCGGCAAUGGUACACGAAUGAAUUAUUAUUCUUGAAUUGAAAAUAAUGAUGAUGACGUAACUGGUGAUGCGAAUGAUCUGACCGUCCAUGAAACAGAAUCGGCUAAGGAUGACCAUUGAUUGUUAUCAGAAGUUGGUGUCAUUUCUCUUGUACUGGUUUCGCAUUUCUAUACCCAAACGUCUUCUUCCACCGGAUGCAUCAGCCAGAGAAGAUUGCUGGUAUGGAUACGCAUGUGUCCACAUUGCCAUCUAAAUAAUACCAAAUGCUUAAAAAUAAAACUAUUGAUCAUGUCUUUCUAACUAUACCACUGCAUAUAUAGUGAUAAAACAUCCACUUGAUUUAUGAUACUAAGGUUUAAUCCUCAAGAAAUAUGAUUUGAUUCUCAGUGGGAAUAUUUGGCCCUAUCUUGUUCUUUUUUUUAUUUUCGUUUGUAAACGAUCAUGUCAACUCAACAUAUUUGAUUAUUUGGAGUUCAAGUUCAACCCUUUUCUAGAAAAAGGGCACGACAUUGUUUCUCUGCCA